AACACCACAUGUCUGUGCACCAACCAGCAGGUCAUUGCCGAGCUCGGCGCUUGUGUCCUUGAAAAGUGCUCCGUCCGCGACGCUCUGUCCAUGCAAAAGUUUUCAGACGAAACCUGCGGCAAGGUCAUGGUCGACAAGUCGGGCCCCGCGCGUAUCGUCCCUCCAAUCUUUGGCGCCCUCGCCGUCCUUCUCUUUGUUAUUCGCAUUGUGGCACGCUUCACUUCGGGCAAGCGAAGCUGGGGCGCUGACGACUGGGCCAUUGUGCCGGCGGUGGUGGCCAUGAUCGCCCUCGUGGUGCUCUGCGGAUUUCUCGCCAACGACGGACUCGGCAUCGACAUGUGGUACCUCGACCCCGACCGGAUCACCUACCUGCUUCGCACUUUCUUCUGGGGCGAGGUCCUCUACGUCUUCAUCAUCCCCGUCACCAAGAUCUCGGUCCUCAUCUUCUACCUCCAGAUCUUCCCAGAGCGGUUCUACAGGCGGGCGACCAUGACCCUGAUUGUCCUCAACGCCUGCUACCUCGUCGCCUUUCUCCUGACGACGGUGCUCCAGUGCACUCCAGUCGAGGGCGCGUGGCUGACCUGGGACGGGACGUAUCACGCUGAAUGCCGCAGCCUCAACAAGCAGGUCUGGGCGGCGGCGUUGACGGGAAUCAUCCUGGAUGUGGCGAUGCUGGUCCUGCCCAUGCCGGCGCUCUGGAAGCUCAAGAUGUCGAUCCGCAAGAAGCUGCAGGUCAUGUUCAUGUUCAGCCUGGGUAUCUUUGUCACCAUUGUCUCUGCGGUCCGGCUGCAGUACAUUGUUGCCUUUGCCACGACGCGCAACCCUACUCAGGACUUUGUACCCGUCGGCAUCUGGAGUGUGGUCGAGGUGUCUGUGAGCAUCAUCUGCGCCUGCCUGCCGGCGCUGCGGUCACUGCUUGCCCUGGCGAUGCCCAAGUCGUUUGGCACGACGCACAAGUCUGGCAAGACGAGCGAGUACACGAGCGGCAUGCGGUCGAACGCGCAGUCGAAUGUGCAGUCGAGCCGGAUCCGGGUCAAGUCCGAGUUCACGGUGCAGUCGCGACGGCCCGAGGAC